AUGGCGUUGGACACUCGUCUUUUCGAGCCUAUCGGCCGCAGAGAUGUCGAGGACCAUGUGUUUGAGAUGUAUGUUGAACACGCGCCGCCGGAAAGCGCUGGACUGGGGUAUUUGUCGCGGAUGGACGAGGUGCGGGUCGCAGUCGGAGACGACGAGUAUUUGGUCCAGCAAUCGGUUUCUGCCUUCAAUAGCAGCAACAGGGACGGCACGACGGGGUUCGUGGCGUGGUCGACGUCGAAAAUGGUGGCUGAGUGGCUUCUACAGCCGAGUAACGCCGUCUUCGACGCGAUGAGGAAUUCUCGCGUAGUGGAGCUGGGGUCCGGUGUGUCGGGGCUGCUGGCGUGCUCGGUGGGCCAAAAAUGCAGUCAUUACGUGUGCACAGACCAGCAGGGGGUGAUGAAGCUGCUCAAGAAGAACAUAAGUCGCAACGGCGGCGCUUUCGAGUCGUCCACCAUUGCUACCAAAAAUACGUCCAGACGGCGCAACGUGCCGCGAAUCGACGCUGUGCCGUUCGACUGGGAGCAUUCGUCGCCCGAGGCGGUCCUGGAGCUCGUUCAGGAAUACCCGGAUUUUAUCAUUACCUGUGAUACUAUAUACAAUCCGUACCUGAUACCGCAUCUGGUGCGGGCGGCCGAGACGCUGGCGGGUCCGCAAACAGGCAUACUGGUCGCGGUCCAACUGCGCGAAAGCAGUCUUCUGAACGACUUCCUGGUCCACGCGGUGGACCGGUUCCGCGUGUAUCGUGUUCCGGGGGUUGAGGACGGCUAUGGAGUGUACUAUCUGGAGAAGUAA